UUUUGACCAUAACCUAUACUAUAAGUAAUUAAAUAACCUAAAAAAUGCAUUCAAAUGCGUCCCAAGGAAUAAUAAAUAAAAUUAUAAAUUCACUUUACAUUGAUUUUAAAGACUCAAUAUAAAUAAAACAACAAUGACUCACAAAAUUAAUAAGAGUUCCUUCCGUACAGCAUUUCGAAUUGUAAAUAAAGAUAUUAUAAAUUGGUUUCCCGGUCAUAUGGGCUUGGGUUUGAAACAAAUGCAACAAAAAUUAAAAUUGGUAGAUCUAGUCAUUGAAGUGCACGACUCCCGAAUACCGUUAUCCGGUAGAAAUCCAAAUUUUAAACACACAAUCAGCGCAAUCAAACCUCACAUUUUAAUAUUAAAUAAGAAAGACUUAACAGACAAUUCCUACAAUUCACAGGUAAUAAAAAGACUCAGAGAAGAAGAGCAAAUCAAACAUGUUUUAUAUACAAAUUGCAAAGAUCAGACAUGUUCUGGAAUAAAACGAAUCAUGCCUCUUGCUAAAGAAUUAAUUACUAACUCAGAUAGAUUCAAUCGGGCCGAUAAUAAAGAAUUUUGUAUAAUGGUUAUAGGAGUUCCUAAUGUAGGCAAAUCAUCAAUUAUUAAUGUUUUAAGGAAUCGUCACUUGAAAAAAAAAGGUGCAUCACACGUUGGAGCAGUUGCUGGAAUAACAAGAAGUGUUCUUAAUAGAAUUAAAAUAGCUGAAGAUCCUCCGAUUUAUUUAUUAGAUACACCUGGAAUUCUUAUGCCUAAUAUUAAAGAUACUGAAACAGGAAUGAAAUUGGCAUUAUGUUCUUGCUUGCAAGAUCAUCAAGUAGGGCCAAUAAAUAUUGCAGAUUAUUUCCUAUUCUGGAUGAAUCAAAAUGAAAAUUAUUCAUAUGUGGAUUUACUUGGUUUACAAGAACCUAGUGAUGAUAUCGCCAAAGUCCUGUUAACUGGAGCAAAUUUUUUAGAAAAAACUAUUGUUAAAAAGCGAUAUGAUAAUUAUUUGAUGAAAAUACCUCAUCUGGAAGCGGCUGCAAUCCAUAUGAUAAAAGCUUUUAGAACUGGAUCAUUAGGAAAAGUUUUUUUAGACAAUAAUUUUUUUCCAAAAAAAGAAUCAAACAAAAUUGAAACACAAGUUUAGU